AUGUGCAGGCCACAAUUGACCUGCUCCAAGAAGCAAGAAACACCAUUGCCAAGAAUCCCAGUUCAGCGCCCAUCACUUUGGCAAAGCUACAAAAUCCUGUCAAGUCUUCCUUCGAUGCAACCAACGAGAAUCUCAAAGACGCCCAUAGCGGUCUUAACAAAUAUACCAAGGGCUUUGGACAAGCUCUUUAAAGACAAGCCUCUUCCCUAUGACGCUCUUUCAGCACAACCCGCACUGGUGAACAGAGCUAUUGCCAUGCACCUACUUCGGGAGGGCCAGUUUUCCGUCGCGUCUACGUUUUUAUCAGAAGUAGCCAAAAAUCCAACUCCCGCACAACCCACUCCUGAGCAACCUGAUUCUGACUCUUUCGAUAUUCUCAUGGAGAUGGAGCAAAUGAAAUCGGGAGAUAUCACGAAGCAGUUUGUUCUCAUGUAUCGAAUCCUUCAUGAGUUAAAAGAAGAACGAAACUUAGUACCAGCCAUACAGUGGGCCUCGGAUCAUCGACAUCAGUUAGAAGCAAGGGGAAGCAAUCUAGAGUUUGAAUUGUGCAAGUUGCAGUUCGUGUGGUUAUUCCAUGGAGGCAAAAAUCCGCAAACACCGAUGACAGUUGGCCGGCAACUGGCCUUGCAGUAUGCCAGGAAAGAGUUCUCAGCUUUCCAGAGCAGGCACCUAGCGGAAAUCCAACAAUUGAUGGGGGCUAUGGCAUUUUGCCCUAAUCUCGCAGACUCCCCGUAUAGAAACAUUUUCAAUAAUCCUUCUUCCUGGGAUGAUGUAGCACGUUCCUUCACCUGCGAAUUCUGCUCUUUGCUGGGCCUAGCAGCAGAAUCUCCCCUAUACAUAGCAGCUACGGCUGGUGCGAUUGCCCUCCCUACGCUGCUCAAGCUACAAACCAUCAUGAAAGAAAAACGUACGGAAUGGACAUCUCAAAACGAACUUCCAGUCGAAAUCCCCCUCCCACAUCAUACCAAUUCCAUUCUAUCUUCGUCUGCCCCGUCUCGCAAGAGCAAACCACUGACGAAAACCCGCCCAUGA